CGUGUCUGUUUUUUACACUCGUCCGUCGAUUUACUAAUAUCAAUAUGUAGAAAAGAAAAAAAACAGCAUGAAUGAAUAAUCUUUAUUUGUUUUUUUUAUAGAUUUUUUUUUCGUGUUUAUAUUUUGAAGAGUAGAAAGAUGAAUAUUCAUUAUAAUACACCUAAACUUUUCACUUUUGUCUUGUCACGAGAACAUGGAAUUGCAGCUGGUGUUGCAGUAUCAUCAUGGUUUGUCUUACAAUAUAUGGGCGUACGAGUAGUGAAAGCACGCAAACAAUACAGUAUUGAAUAUCCAAAACUUUAUGCCAGUGAGUCAGAUGCUAAUGCAAAGAAAUUUAACUGUAUACAACGUGGGCAUCAACAUACUUUAGAAGUCUAUCCUGAAUUUCUACUAAUGUUAGGAUUAGGUUCAAUUAGAUAUCCACUUAUUUCAUCAAUCGCUGGUGUCGUUUGGUUGCUUGGAAGACUAGCCUUUUUCCAGGGUUAUUCAACUGGUGAAAUUGAAAAACGUCGUUAUGGUUCAUUUGGUUACUUUGGAUUAUUUACAAUGAUGGGCUGUGCUGUCAAAACAACCUAUGAUUUAAUUCGAGCUUAA